CUCUCCUGAGCCUACGAGGCCCCCCGCCUGCCCCGCACUGGUUCCCUCAGGGAAGGCGGAGAUGGGGCCCAGAGCUCCCGUCCCGCACGGUGCAGCCCCGACCGGAGCGGCGAUGCGCCUCAUUCAGAACAUGUGCACCAUAGCCGAGUACCCUGCUCCGGGCAGCGCCGCUGCCGCCGAUUACUGUCUGGGGGCGGCGGGCCGCCGCCUGGUCAAGAUCGCCGUGGUGGGGGCCAGCGGCGUGGGCAAGACCGCUCUGGUGGUCCGGUUCCUCACCAAACGAUUCAUUGGUGACUAUGAAAGAAAUGCAGGUAAUCUCUACACCAGACAAGUCCAAAUAGAAGGUGAAACUCUGGCUAUUCAGGUUCAAGACACUCCAGGCAUUCAGGUCCAUGAGAACGGCUUGAGCUGUAACGAACAGCUGAAUAGGUGCAUUCGCUGGGCAGACGCCGUGGUGAUUGUUUUCUCCAUUACCGACUACAAGAGCUAUGAACUCAUUGGCCAGCUCCACCAGCUUGUCCAGCAGCUACACCUGGGCACUCGGCUGCCUGUGGUGGUCGUGGCCAACAAAGCUGACCUGCUGCACAUCAAGCAGGUGGACCCUCAGCUCGGACUGCAGCUGGCCAACGUGCUGGGUUGCUCUUUCUAUGAAGUGUCCGUCAGCGAAAAUUACAAUGAUGUCUACAAUGCUUUCCACAUCUUGUGCAAAGAAGUGAGUCACAAACAGCCGCCCAGCAGUACGCCAGAGAAGCGAAGAACCUCCCUCAUCCCCAGGCCCAAGUCACCCAACAUGCAGGACCUGAAGAGGAGGUUCAAGCAAGCCCUUUCUGCCAAAGUGAGGACUGUCACCUCCGUCUGAAGCUGGGGCACUCAGUCACGGGGGGGUUUGGUCUUCCCAGGAAGAGAGCCUGAGGCUCUUCUGCUGCAGGAACAUUGAGUGCUGGCAGUAACUCCUGGUUCCAGAAAGGGCUGUAGCAGAGAGGCCAGGAGGGCCUGUGGAAUUGGUGCAGAAAAGGAAGCGUUGUUCUGAGCAGGGGGACAGAACUGAUGAGGCCUGAAUGAGCCCACCGAGCCGCCCUCUGAAUAUGUGACAUGUACUCUGUGUCUUUUCCUAUGGAGUGGGAAGGGGCCAUAGUCCAUUUGGAUUUUGUUUUUAACUACCUUGUAAAUGACAGUCAGUUGUAGUUUCACCAAAUAUAUUGAUGUGAUUUACAGUGGGAAUGAAAGAACAGAUUAAGCUCUCAUAGACUUCUCUUUUUUUUUCUUUCUUUUUCUCCCCCCCCCCUCCAAAAAAAGAAAGAAUUGCUUUUCUCUUACAAAUAAGAUUUGAACACUUCCUUAUAGAAUGCCUUUCUAACCUGAAGGAUACCCAUAUUUCUUUUUUGAAGAACAAAGAGGAAAAUAUUCUCCCAAAAAAGAGUAGAGUGUAUGGGCCAAAAUGUUGGGUUUGCAGACAUCUGUAAGCUUGUAUGGCCUGCUGGAAGGCACUGGUUCCACCUGACAUGGAUGAGGCCACUGAGUUGGGCCUGUGUUGAAUGGUUGAGAAUUCAAACUCUUCAACCCCAGACUUUGAGUAAUUGUGAGACUAUAAUUUUGUUUUAUAAACUGUUGCAUCAGGUACAGGAACAAAAAAGUGUGUCCAUUGAUUUUGGAGUGAUUUGUGUAAGUGGCUCAUGGCAGUGACAUUGGGUUGCUUCCCAGGCCUGGCUGAGUCAUGGCUGAAAUACAACACUAUCUUACAGCAGGUGGAUUGAUGCAGGGGCUACUGCCAGAUCCCCUACACAGAUGCACUUUAAAAAGCCACUCAUGCUUUGGCUUAAAUUGUAAUUAAUUUAUUUUUAUGUACAAUAAAUCUCAUUUUAAAAGA